AUGAGUGGCGACGAUCAGGCACCCAGCUUUGGUGAUCCAAACGCUCGGCCGCCAACUCCACAACGGACACCUACUUCGGCCACAACGGCUGCUUUCUCGAGUCCUCUGCUUGAGACGCCCAAGCAGAACUCAGGUCGUUUCGACGAGGCGACCGGCUGGACCCCUCGUUUUGCUGAGGAUUAUUCCGUCUUCAAUUCCACGCCUGGAAACCUGAGAGCGUCCUCAAGCGCAUUCCAUCCGGAAUUUGCGCCGCUGAGUCCUGUGGCCCCAUCAACGGGAAAGAAACGACCGCUGUCGGCUGAAGGGGUGGCCCUCGAGAUCGCGACCCAUGCCAACCACUUCUCAAAUAAUCCCCAGAAUCUCCCGCCGGUCGACCCUGCGCGGCGUCUCCCUUCCUCGCCUGAUCCCCUAACACUCACACACAACGCCUCGACCGACACGAGCGCCACGCCAGCAGCCUCCCAGCAGCAGGGCCAGAGGUCGGCCAAGAAGUACCGGACGAGCAGCUUGUCGGGAGCCUCGGGCAGGGACGCAUCUUUCCAGCCGGGCCAGACUGCCACCCCUCCUCCGUCCUCCCGGGGCGGACGCAAGAUCGCGCCCAAGCUUCAAACCGACAUCAUGCAGCAUCAGAACUUUGCGCAGCCGGACUUCUCGAAUGCGCCCCCAACCCAGCAUCCUCAGCUUAACACAGCAUUUGUGACAGGGAGUCCGGAGGAUGUCUUUGGCUACCCCAUGGGCCCGGCCACCGCCCCGCCAAUCACUGGGCCGAGGCCAUUCUGGGGGAUGGAUAUGGACACAACCGGGAUGGCCAUAGACGUAGACAUCUCGGCUGCUAGCGCAGAGAUGUUUCAGACAUCGCAGUCUCAUCAUCCUGUGAACUCGCUGGAUUGGGGGAGGGCCAAUUCAGUGUUCCAGCAAACCAACCUAGCUGAGCAGCAGCCGCAGCAGCAGCAGCAGUCCAACGUCCAGACCGUCCAGCAAAAUCAGUCGACCAGGCGUGAGCGCCCUCUUGCGCCGAAGACCGCGAAUAUGUCAAGUCCGAAGCUCGGCCAAGCCUCUCCCGGUCAGAAUUACUCUUUCGGUUCCUUCCAAAUGUCUAUGGAUGACCCAUUCAGCACUAGUCCGGGAGGUGUUGAUCCUGGCCUGCUAUUCAGCCAGCAGUCGUCCUUGUCGAUGUCAAUGGAGCCUCCACCACAACGACCCUCAUCCUCAGCACCGCUCGUCAACUUCGGGUCUAAUGAGCCAAAUGCUCCUGCGCCAGCAAACGAUAUUCGUCGGUCGAAAAGCACGGGAGCUCAAGGUCAGCACAAUCAAGCGGCCCGCGUCCCCGCGAUCAUUUCUCCUGCGAAGGGCUCAGCUGCGAAACCGGGCUUGUCGCGUAGUUUCAGCGAGAGUUCUAGAGCUGGCAAGCGCACUCUGGGUAUCGGCCGCCCUCUGUUGCCCACGCUGGCUCCUGCGCCUAUGACUGUACAUCAGUCUAGCUUGCCGCCUACAGUUGCCAGUCAAACCAACAUCUCGACGCAACCGCGAGGUGUACGAUCCGGCGGGAGAAGAUCGCCCGUGAAGUCGUCGCACCACCAUCGGCUGUCCAGCCUCACUUCGAUCCCUGAAAACACGGUUAGAGCUCGCCAGAGAAGUGCCAAAUUGGCGUCUGUCAAGUUCGUCAUCGACGAGGACGGGCGCGCACGUACCGAGACAGUGGCUGAUGACGAGGAUGACCUCGAGCCAGUUCUCGAGCCAGUUCUCGAGCCUGUCCUUCCAAGCAGGAACCAGCAAACUAGUCAACGCAACUCCUGGGCAGGAUUCCCGGUCAAGGACGGCGGUGAUGAUGACGAAAUAUCCUCUUCAUCAGACGAUGAGCCCAUAAUCAUACCCAGUCGCAACACGUCUUUUAAUUUUCCCGAGCCCCCCAGAAGCUCAGGUUCCUCGAUGUCAAGACCACCUACUGCCGUAAGCAACAUGUCGCAGAAUCGGCGACAGCGCUCUGUCAGCGAGCGAAGUUCUUUCUCCACUUCAUUCCGCCGAAACCCUCGAAAUGAUCUAGCUUCCAGCUUUGUGGACCAGAUGGACGUUGACCAACAAGAAGCACCACCACCGCGGCCGUCUACUGGUGGCAGCCUAGGAGACGCUGCAGCAGAGUUGAGGAAGGUAAUGCAAGCAGGUGAUAGUGGCAAGCGACUGAGCAUCCCGACCCAAGCACCGCCGACAGGCAGCGGAGGAAGCAGCGGACAUCGGCAGCGGUUCACACCAGGCCAGCGGAGUAGCUCAUCGACUAUCUCAGCAACGCCGUCGCCGACGCACAAUCAGAACCAGGGACAAGUGCGGUGUGUGUGCAACCGGCCUGAGGCUGAGGUCGAUGGGCUGCUGCAUCUAAUCAAGUGUGACUCGUGUGAACACAUGCUGCACGGCCGCUGCGUGGACAUGCCGACGCCGCAGGACGUCCCUCACGUCUACAUCUGCGCCUUCUGUGCCAACACGCCGAACAUGCGAGGCGGGAGGAUGAGGUACACCGGCAGGAAUCAGAGCGACGGCGGGAUGACUGCCGCUUCUGCGUCGUCGCCCCUGGCGCAUAAGUCGUUCCGUUCGUUCCGCUGA